AUGGGCAGCUGGGCUCCGUGGUCGGAGGCAGGGGCGGUCGCAGCCACACUUGGGGGCAGGAUAUCGGGAGCUGCUGGCAGAAUAUCCUCGCCCUUCGGAAACCUCAACGUCAGAAGGGCUGCCAUCAGUCUCAUCCCCAGGCCAGCGGGUGGUCCUGGUCCCAGUCGUUCUUUCAUGAUGGAUCCUAGCAACCUGGUCGGAUGCAGUCCAGCAAACCAAGACAACAACCGCGCCGAUGCUCAUCACGAGCUGGCGGCCAACCAGUCGAAUCGCACUUCCAACGUCGACGUCUCCGAAGGUUGCACUCUUGAGAAAAUAAAAAUCGGGCCCGCAUCCAACUACGUCACGUCUCCCCCCAAGUCGAAACCCCCGGCCGUUGCUCCCUUGGCCCUUGCAUUUCGUAUACCCCUUGGCCUUGCGCCUUCAAUCGGUCCAUUUGGGGUUGGGAUCGACUCUAGAAACACCUCGCAAUCAACGCCCAUUUACUGCCAGCAUUGCUCUUCAGGAGAAGGAGGGGUGCCUAUGCACCUGUGCACCUAUACAACAGCAACAAAACCAGCAAAGUUGGGGAAUGUUGCGGCGGCGAUGGAUGGACGCGCCGGCAAGGAAAAGGAGAAGGUGGAAGCUAAAAGAAACGCCGUCACCUUGCCGGCAUCUGUCGUGCCACCACCAGCAAUCCAGCCAUCAUCCUUGGUUUCCAUUGGGAAGAGGAACGAGCAGUGCUGCGGGAAGGAACAGCAACGGUGGCUCAUGUUCGGCAGACUUUUCGCCUCAUUGUCGUUCCUCGGCCCCUCUUCCGUCUCAUCAUUGCUGUCAGACUCAGACUCCCGUCAGACUGCAGUACUGAGAGAGUGGAAGAGAUUCAGUAUAUACAGGACUGCUGCAGCUACCUACAAGCUGACAAGCAUUCCCGAGCAUGAAAUUGUAAGGCCCAGAAGCAGAGAGCUACUGCCGCUCAGUACCUCUUCCGCAGUCCCGUCAGACUCCAGACAUCUCAAGAAACGACAUUGGCUUGUUAGUGGCGCCGCCUGUAUCACCCUCCACAUCUAUGCGAGACGCCUUCCGUACCAGCUGGCAGCCAAAUCUCGCCAGCUCCUCUCUCACCUAGGUCUCGUCAUGGACAGUCGACAGGCACCGCCAGUUCAUGACAUGAAGAACUAUUACAAGCACAUGCUUGCUCGUCCCUCUCGGAGCUGCAAUUUUCACACGUUAAUGGCCUGGAACCUGCUCACCACAUUCGUUCAGUCUGAUGUCUCGAGCUCGCCUGUCAUCGUCAUGCCCUCCUUCGUUGUCUUCUCUUUUUGUCCUCCCUCGCCUGAUCACAACGAAACCCUAUCCUACUCAUUCGCCGCACUAAUAGCCGCAGUAGCAACUCAAGAAAAUGGGCUUCCACCCGAGUUGUUUGUUGUUGCCUCUGGCCAAUUCGGAUACGGGGAUCCGCGGUGCACCCACCACGCCUCGCAUCGCUGCAUAACACAUUUGGCGGUGGACGGGAUGAAUGCACUCUUCCACUGUUGUCACAAAGGAAUUUGCCCCGAGCCCAGUGAGUCGCUGCUUACGCCUCGCUACGAGUCAAAAUCAAAUACCUGCUGUUGGGCGGAGUAUGGGUUCUACUACUCAGCACGCUUGCGGCCAGUUCCGAACCUCAGCCAUCAUCAGCCUCAAGUAUCUGUACUACUCUGCGUUACACAGACGGAGGGAUCCAACAAUGUCGACGACCUCUCUGCCCUACGCGCCUAUCAGUCGGCUCUACGCUCGUUUAUUUGCACUGCUUGGAGGGGCGGCAACCGGGCCCUCUCCACCUCACACGGAGUUUUGAACCUUCAACCUUCUGGCUUGGACAGCGAACCAACAUCCACGACCCGUAUCCAGUUCGGCCACUCUCCCAGGUUUCCCAGCCGUGGACAUGAGAUGACGCUUUUCAGCCUCAGGAACCAUGGCGAAAGAAGUCGCAAUCGUAUUCGCCUUCAGCCUUCAAUUACUUCAUUCCGCCCAUCAAAUGCUCGGACGAGAAGAACCAGGUAUUGGCUCCUGGAUGAGCGAUGCUUCAGUGCCGUGACUCCGAAUCCCGGCUCCGUUUACAGCCCUCUCCGGCGCGCCAACGCAUUCUUCCAGCGCGGGUGUCCCGACUGCAUGGUCGGCGAGCCCGUGUCUGCGGCGAGGCUGGGGCAUUCACCGUUGCGGCGCUGGUUGGUGGAACGAUACCGUCAGCCGUCGGCUAUUCCAACGACUGGUAACCAGCGAUUUCACACCGUCUUUCACUUUCCCCUGAGACCUCCACUGCAGCGGACUUUUGCGUUACAGAUGGGGUACGAUUUCCUUGCCAGCCCAGGAAAGCCACAGAUGGCAGGCCUCGGAAGCUUGUUUUCGCUCAAUGAGCAAUCAGGGCACCACCUUGCCCGGCAUAAGGAGAUCAUGUAUCAGACUGCGAAUGGCUCCCGGGCCCAACAUCGGAUGGAGGCCAUCCAUAGAGAUUCUGAACGUGAGGCGCGGGGUGCGAUGAGCUCGGCCAUGACAACAUCCCAACUUCCUGACUCGCGUACGCUUUGCCUCGGUAUUCUCGGUAUUGCAAGAAUACAAGUAUGCAAGGUCCCUCAUGCGCUUGGUGGCAGCUCAUCCGCGGAAAGAGAACAUCGGAUCGAAUAUUCGGCCAUUAAUGCUCCUGAUACCGUUGCGGAAGUACACAACGUAGACCAAAUCGGAGGCAAUGGGGCCUGGGCUGAGUAG